GGCAUUCUUUCUGUACCUUAAUUGUUUCCUCAUCAUGUCAGAUCCCGAGGAACCAGUCCAACUCCCUUCGCUCCUCAGAAAUCUCGAAGGCUUAGGAUGGGAGGAGAAGAAUUCUACGAUCGAAUCAUACCUUUUCUCCACACCCCAUGGUUCACACGAGGCACUUCAUUUCCUUCUUGACAUACUGCGCAACGACAAUACGCGACAUGUUAUUAAAUUGGCAAUCGAGACUGUCUUUAGGAGUGCAUCACUGAGAGAGAAGAUCAGGAAGGAGGGGAACCUCUACCGCAAUUACGACCAUGCAAAACGCCAUGAACAUGAGAUGAAAAGAGACGCCCCUCGUGAUCUGGCCUACUACAAGAAGCUCACCAUUGCUAGUGUCAUCGACCACCCCACCACGCCUUAUCAUCACUCUAGGAUAUGAGUAUGACUCUCUCCAUCCCGAUUUUCUUGCAAAGAUGUGAUCUCACAUGGCUUGGAUUCCAGCUGGGGAAUGACGGAAUGAAUUAUGAAUUUCACCUCUUUAGAAUAACUUUGAAUGUGAGAAUCGUGCCACGGACCUCCCCUCGCAAUGGAAUCGUGGUCAGUGAAAGGACGACUUCGGAGACGGCAAGAGUACUAGGUGGUGAAAUACAAGUUACGGAGACAGUUGUUGUUGAGAUUGAACAUGCUUGUAGUUAAGCUACCGUUAUUCAAUAUUAUGGAAAUGGUACGCAAGGGCAAAAAAUAAGUCAUUAUAGAUCUCCAAAACAUCCCCC